CCCUUUCACGCCACCCUCUGCCCGUACCAUGGAGUCCAGCGGGAACCGGGGGUGCGCGGGGGGCUGCGGUGCCUUCCUGAGGUCCCGGAAGGGGCUGGUGCUGCUGGGGGAGAUCGCGCUGUGCACGGUGGCCCUGCUGUGCUAUGGGGCGUCGCGGACCCCCGGCUAUGUGGGGCUGGCUGUGUGUGAGCUCAUCUUCGCCAGCAUCGCCGUCGUCCUCUGCAUCACCGGGCUGCACCACCGCGUGGCUUUGGUGCAUUGGGGAUGGACGGACUUCAUCCGCUGCGUGGUGGGCUGCCUGCUCUUCCUCAUCACCUCCCUCAUCGUCAUCAUCGGGCACCGCGACGGCGCCGGCACCGCUGCGGGGGUGUUUGGGUUGCUGGCGGGGCUCCUGCUGGGCUACGAUGCCUACAUCAGUGUGCCCACCCGGGGGGGGCACAGCGCUGCGCCCACUGAGACCCCGGAAGGCCCCUGACCGCCCCCCAACCCCACAAAGAGACACCCCCAGAUCCCCAGGGGGUAAUGCGGGGUGGGAAGGGGGGGGGCUUCACCUUCUGAUCCCCCCCCCCCAGACCCCCCCCAAACUUUGAGGGAGUGCUUAAAUUAUUGGGGUGGGGGUCCUCCCUUCCCCUCUUCCCCCAUAGCCGCCUGUGCCUCAGUUUCCCCCUAUGGGACCCCCCCCCUCCUUUUUGCUUUAGGGUUCCCCUAUAGUGCAGGGGAAAAGCCUUUUUUUUGGGGGGGGGGGGGUGCAAGGGGAAGCGCAAAAUAUUUGGGAAUUAAAUAAAUGGACUUUAUUAUUAUUA